GUAUGGGAUGUAGAUAUGGGAUUGAAAAGGCUGUCGUCUCAGAGGUUGCCUGCGGUGAUGUCCAAGGCAACGAAGUCAGCAUCCAAGUCUCGGUCCCACUCUGGGUCCUGGUCCAGAUCUCGCUCUGUCUCCCGCUCCAGAAGCAGCUCACGGUCCAGAUCUAGGAAACGUCGCUACAGGUGGCUAACAACCUCUAGGUCCCGCACUCGCUCCCGCUCCAGAUCUCAUUCUCCAUCCCACAAUAACCGAGAGCGGAACUACCCAAGGGAGUACCAGAAUAAUAACCGCGAGUUCCGGGGCUACCACCGAGGCUUCCGGAGGCCCUACUACUUCAGAGGCCGAGGGCGUGGUUACUUCCCACGGGGGCGCUUCCAGAGGGGUGGGGGAGGUGGCUACAACAACAACUACCGCCCCAAUAACUGGCAGAACUACAGGCAGCACCCCCAACAACAACAGCAGCAGCAGCAACAACAACAGCAGCAACAACACUCCCACAGCCCGAGACGGGGACGAUCCCGUACCCCUAAAAAGCGCUCGGGUAGCCCUCGUUCCCACAGCCACUCCAAGGUCUCGGACCGCUCUUCCUCGCCCCGAUCCCGGCAUUCCCGCCACUCCUCUACCUCACAUUCCUCCUCUCCCACACGCAGGUCGGGCUCUGGGUCAGCCACGCAGAACUCUAAGGAUGUCAAGGAGGAGCGCUCUGACUCCAAGGAGGUCCAGAAGAAAGGAGGAGGAGAAGGAGAUGGCGAGCCCGUGGAGAUCACAGGGGUGUCUGCAGGGCCUGAUGGGAGCGCUGGUGGGGACAAGCCCAAGGCUAACUGGCAGUGUGUGACAGAUCAUAGCAACAGCACCAGCCCCAGGGGGUCAAGUCCUCAGGUGCGCUCAGCUGUUAUCAUUGGUCAGGGCGCCCCAGCUUCGACCCAGUCUAGUCCCUCUCCUAAAAGCACUAAUGCUAAUGGCUCCAAUUCCAAUGGUGCCCCCUCAUGGCAGAUUCAGACAGUGGGCAGUUCACCUUCCACCAAAAGCCCUUCUCAGAAAAGCCCCACACCUGUGUUCUCUGGCUUUGGCUUCUUCUCUAAAGAUGACAACCUGGCAGGAGAUAAAGCAGCUAUCUCCUCAGUGUUCAAAAGGAAUGGCAUGAAGGCCUCUGGGGGCAUCUUUGACAGAGAGCCCGACAAAGGGGAGAACGAGAAGUACAAGUACAUGGAAGACUUUGACGAUGACCGGAACGUGUCGUUGAACAGCUUCUUGAAAGCCUCCCCUUUCUUUUCCUGCGAUGGCGAGGAAGAGGAUGAGGAGACGAUACCCAAGUCACGUCCCAAGGUGCUCCGCAAAGAGCGUGCCCGGGAGGACGACGGGUCGCCCAAGCCCAAGAGCAAAGUCACCCUCUCGGCCAGGGAGCUAUUUGAGGAGCGCUUCGGCAAGUGGGAGGACCUGGCCUACUUGCAGGCGGCUGCCAAAGACGAUGAUCUUGAUGCCAUGGCGGAGGAGAUUUACCGCAGCCAGAAGCAGGAGAAGGCCAUGGCCAUAGCUGCGGCCUUGGCCAAGAGAGAGGCCAUAGCGGGCAUGCUCAGAGGCUUCUCCCCGGAGAACGUCAGCAAAGACAGGAGGAUGGAGAAAGCUGCCUCCAGCCUGUCCCCCAUACCCGCACCACGGAGGAACUCUGACCGGGAGAUGUUCAUGGUCAGGGGGGAGGACUCUCCCCCAAGGGGCUCUGAGAAAAGAGGAGCAGAGUUCAGCGUCAGAAUGGAUUCCCUCAGAGAUGACGUGGCAAGCUCCUCUGGUGUUAUGGUUGGUGAGCGACGGUUAUCACGGGAUCUUGUGCAUCCUACUAAAAAGGAGCAGGAGUUUCGCUCUAUCUUCCAGCACAUUCAGGCCACACGGUUACAAAGGAGUCCCUCGGAGCUGUUUGCACAGCACAUUGUCACCAUUGUCCACUACAUUAAAGCACAGCACUUUCCAUCCAACGGAAUUACUCUAAAUGAGCGAUUUGCCAUGUACCAAAGAAGAGCUGCGCAAAAAGAAAUUAUGAAGCCAAGAAAGAGCCCAGAGAUACACAGGAGAAUUGAUGUUUCUCCCAGUGCUUUUAAGAAACACUCUCACCUGUUUGAGGGGAUGAAAAGCUCCGGGGAUGGCAGUUACAAGGACAAAGGUAAAAAAAUGAAGGGUGACUCAAUGGACCUUCGUCUGGAUAUUGAGCUCCGUAAAAAAUAUUCCACCCGGGAGAGUGAUUAUAAACAGGAUAGGGGGAGAGAUUCAGGAGACUCCCCAGAGGCUAGCAGGGAGAGGUCCGCUGAGAAAUCCUCCAAGCACCACAAGAAGUCCAAGAAAAACAAGAAGAAGCCAUCUCGCUCCUCCUCUUCCUCUUCUUCUGCCGAAUCUCACAGGGGAGGAGACUAUCCCCACGAGGAGCCUGAGCCCAAAGACGAAGGAUUUAACAAGGCCAGGCUGGGGCCUCGGGGGGACUAUGGCGGUCCCACGGAGAGGGGACGAGGACGCGGAGGCUUUCAAUUUAGAAUAAGAGGAAGGGGCUGGAACAGGGAAAAUGACCAGGGAAACAAUUCCAACAGUAAUACCGCUAACAUUUGCAUACCAGUUCACCCCAAGAAUGAGGACUGGGACCCAGAGUACACCCCCAAGAGCCGAAAAUACUACUUGCAUGAUGACAGGGAGGGUGAGAGGAAGUGGGUGGACAACCGAGGACGUGGAGGACGGGGGAACUUCCUGCGUGGCAGCAGGGGCCAUUUCAUUAUCCGGAAGGCCAGCGUUGGCUUACCCAAAAACCAUGCCAACAACAACCGCAGCCCCAAGUGGACACAUGACAAGUUCCAGGUCAACGGGGGGAAGGAGGAGGGCAAGCCCCAGGAGGAGGACACAGAGCAGGACCACAAAGACCAGGAGAAGUCUGAAGACAUGGAAAACGCUGAGCAGUGAGGGAGCUCAGGGAGAGAGAAACAUUGUACCAGCACAGUGGAAAUGUUCUACUGUCUCAAGUCAUCUGGGUCGUGUUGAAAUGGAUGAAAACGGACUGAAACGGGAGGAAAGGACUACCUGGACUUGUCCAAUAA